AUGAACUUCCUGAUGAGAGACCCAGUCAUACAGGGAUCAAGUAUGGCAUAUCAUCCGUUUUUACCUCACCGGGGUCCGGAAUUUGCCAUGAGUGCAAUGCUGGGUCACCAACCUCCCUUCUUCCCGGCUCUGGCUCUCCCUCACGGCGGCUCCCUCUCCCUGCCGGGCGCCCUGGGAAAGCCAAUCAUGGACCAGCUGAUGGGAGCCGCGGAGACCGGGCUCCACUUCUCCUCGCUGGGGCACCAGGCUGCGGCCGCCCACCUCAGGCCUAUGAAGACUCUGGAGCCCGAGGAAGAGGUGGAAGACGACCCCAAAGUUCACCUGGAAGCCAAGGAGCUUUGGGAACUCUUCCACAAGAGAGGCACCGAGAUGGUGAUCACAAAAUCCGGAAGGCGGAUGUUCCCCCCGUUCAAAGUGAGGUGCACUGGUCUGGACAAAAAGGCCAAAUAUAUUCUCUUGAUGGAUAUUGUUGCAGCCGACGACUGUAGAUACAAAUUUCAUAACUCCCGCUGGAUGGUGGCAGGGAAGGCCGACCCCGAAAUGCCAAAGAGGAUGUACAUUCACCCGGACAGUCCAGCUACUGGUGAACAGUGGAUGUCAAAAGUCGUCAAUUUUCACAAACUCAAGCUGACAAAUAACAUAUCCGACAAGCAUGGAUUUGUAAGUUCAACUAAUACCAUACUUAACUCGAUGCACAAAUAUCAGCCUCGAUUUCACAUCGUGAGGGCCAACGAUAUUCUCAAACUCCCGUACAGUACCUUCAGGACUUACGUUUUUCCUGAAACGGAUUUCAUUGCCGUGACUGCUUAUCAAAAUGACAAGAUAACCCAGCUGAAAAUUGACCAUAAUCCAUUUGCAAAAGGAUUCCGUGACACGGGCAAUGGAAGACGGGAAAAGAGGAAACAGCUGGCUCUGCAAUCCAUGCGUUCAUACGAGGAGCAGCAGAAAAAGGAGAACGGGGCUUCAGACGACUCCUCUGGAGAGCAGGCUUCCUUUAAGUGCUUCGGCCAGGCCUCGUCCCCUGCCGUGUCUACCGCGGGCCCCCCACACAUGAAAGAUUUCUGCGACAGCGAUGAGGACAGCGACGAUGAGAGCAAAGAUGGACACAUCAAAGACGGUCCGGACUCCAGCAAGAUUUCCACGACUACCAAGGACGGGAAGGAUCACGAGGCGAGCCCAGCCAAGGGGCACCACCCGUUCAGUAACACUGAGUCUGCCGGCAGGACCCGCGACAGCGGUCCUAGGACUGAGAAAAGCCUGGCAGACUCCCGGCAGAGCCCCAUCACCGUCAUCUCCAGCACCACCCGCUCUGGAGAAGACCUCAAGAGCCCGAGUCUAGAACAACCCAAAACGGACGAGUGCAGGUCAAUAAGCAAAGACAGUUUCAUGCCUUUGACUGUUCAGACUGACAGCCCGCACAUGGGCCACGGCCACAUGGCCAAUUUUGGAUUUCCAACAGGCCUAACAGGACAACAGUUUUUCAAUCACCUUGGGAGUGCGCAUCCGUUUCUCUUGCACCCAAGUCAGUUCAACAUGGGAGGCGCGUUCUCAAACAUGGCGGGCAUGGGGCCACUAUUGGCUGCCGUGUCCUCGGGCGGGGUGAGCACCAUGGACACGACGAGCAUGGCAUCGCCUUCGCAAAGCUUGACGGGAGCGCCAGGCCUGCCCUUCCAUCUGCAACAACAUGUCUUGGCAUCACAGGGCCUCGCCAUGUCUCCGUUCGGCGGUCUGUUCCCCUACCCGUACACCUACAUGGCAGCAGCCGCAGCGGCCUCCUCCGCCGCCGCCGCCGCCGCCUCCUCCGCGGUGCACCGGCACCCCUUCCUGAACGCAGUGCGACCCCGACUCAGGUACAGCCCUUACUCCCUCCCGAUGACGGUACCGGACAGCACGCUGCUCACCACCGCGAUGCCCCCCAUGGCCGGCAGCGGAACCGAGCUGAAGGUGGACGGCCUGAUCCCGGCCAGCCCAGCGUCCGGCGGCGUCGCCCUGGACUCCACGUCGGAGGUGAACAGUCACUCGUCCACCGUGUCCUCCGGCUCGGUGACUUUGUCCCCAAAAACUUGCACGGAGAAGGACGCGGCCAACGAGCUGCAGAGCAUCCAGCGGCUGGUCAGCGGGCUCGACUCGAGUCUGGACGGGCCACGGAGCGGCUCCCCAUAGGGUCUCCCUUUUUUUCCCCUUCUUCAUUUUUUUUUCUUUUUUUUUUUUUUUUUAAAAACACACCACCUGCUUCUCGUUUCGUUGUUGUCAUGAAAAGUGAAAAGGUGUGGACGGUGAUGAAGACAUUAACAGUAGGAGGACACACCCGUAGAUCCAUGCAGGUUUUAAAAAGACAAAAAAAAACUAAAAAAAACUAAAAAAAAA